GAAGCCCAGGGGACAGAAUCGAGAAAAUGUCUUAUUAAGUGUGGAUGGAGGAUCUGUUUAUUCCUCGCACACUGCCUAGGUUUACUCUUGUUUUAUAUUUUAUGACGUUUCAAAACCAGAAGAUGCCGGACCCCCUCCCUAAAGAAGAGGAGGAUGAAGAUGAGGGGCAGUGCAGAACUCUGCAGCACAGAGUUCAGACAACAGAUCUAAUUGCAAGAACCAAACCGCAUCAUCUGCCUUGCAGUCAAGGGCCACUGUCUUCUCUACGAGCUGCUAUCAAGAGAACAAGAACAAACUCUGAAAGUGACAACAGAACAGAGAGGAGGCGACCAAACAUCACCAUCGUCUCAGUGGAACCUCUGGCGAGAAACAUUUGGUUCACUGGACGCCCUGUGGUUUUUCCACCUCAACCAGGCUGGCCCACUGGCAUCCAGACUCAGCCCCCACCAUCCUAUGACCAGGUGAUUGAAGAGAAAACACAGGAAGAUCACCCGGCGAAGCCCACUGCUGCCCCACGCCAGAGCAUCUGCAAGGCUACGAGUGGAACACAGACUGACCCAGUUAGGAAAGUCAGUAAUUUACACUGUGGUGCCACCUCAUCACCUGCAGAGAGAAACCCUGCAGCUAAAAAGCCCCAAAAACCUCCAAGGUCAUCAUUGCCAAAAGCAUCAGAAGCAAAAAGAGGCAUCAAUAUCGUACCAAGAACAACAGAACCCACAGGUACAGAAGCUUCUAAUUGUAACUGUAAUCCGGACCUAAGGGGAUUUGAGAAGGCGGACAUCAGAUCUGUCACAGUAUACUGGGAAACUCCUAAAAACAAUCAGUCUGACACUGAUGGGUCUGUUGAACCUGCUGCUUCAAACAUAAAAAACACUCGGAGACCAGUUCCACGUCCUCGAACAAAACUGCACAAUAAGGGAAUAAAAGAAGAGGAUCAGACUUUGAUUAGACUUGGAGAAAACUAUGACACAUUUCAAUCUUAUUCACAAGAAGUGCCAAAAAACAAGUACUUAGAGGAAUUACUGGAGGUCUUUGGUGAAUGUAACAAGUGUGAGGACAACAGGUAUUUCAUUGACCAAUCAUAUAUUAAGUUGCUGGAUGAAGAUGCUGAUGGAAUAAUGAGUGCCAACCAUAAUCAUCGAAACAUUCGUGCCAGGAUCCAGGCUUUUGAGAGCCAAACUGGUGCCGAAGAGGAAAAUGGGUCCGAACCAGCUACACCUGAUCUUCCACCAAGGAGGGCCACCUACAAACCGCCAGUUGCUUCAAAACCUUCUGUAGCUCUUAAACCUCAAAGUACUUAUGACCCCGGCCAAAACAUGUUAGAUUCACAAAACCAAGAACCAGUCACAAGACCCAAGCCUCCUACAAAACCAGUGGGGCAUUCUGUAAGACAGGAGCUGGAGGCUUUACACUGCAAAGUGGGUCAACUGCAAAGAUCACAGCCUUUAGGGCUGACCAGAUCCUAUAGCAUUCAUGAAGAGAAACCAGCAAUGUUACCACCGGUACCUCCCAUAAAACCAUUCAAAGAACCGCUCAAACCCAACCUGAACAUGAACAUCCACAACUCCUACACAGUGAAUGACACCGUGGACAGCCCAUGGAAAAAAGUCCCACUCAAACCUCAGUUCAGUUUGGACAACAGUGGAGGCUCUGCCAAAAGACAAGGUAUUGGAAGAAGACCAACCACCAUCGGGGUUCCAAGCCAGGCUGCUUUAGAUACUUUUCAGGGCGUUGGUGCUCCUUCUCUUCCAGUUAGGAAACCAUUAGGCUCCAUGAACUCCUCAGUGACCUAUAAGCAAGGUCUUACACCCUCAAAGUCAUUUCAGAACACUUUUAGUACAGGACCAGAGCCACCACUUCCACCCAGGAAGCCCAGUGUGAACAAAAGCCUGCCACCCCGCCCUUCUCCAGCCAAAACAGGCCCUGGGAGACCUCCCCCACCCAGCCUUCAAGCAGCCGGUCGAUCUCAGUCAGCACCGCAGCAAGCUUCACCGAAAUUCCAGUCCCAGAAGCCCACUAAGAAAGGUCUCGUGUUGCCUCCGAGGCCCAGUCCAGGUCAUCGUCUGUACAACAAUUACAUACUUCCGCUCCCUCAUGGGAUUGCAUGUGCGGAUUUUGAUGGGAGUAACACAGGGGAGCUGACACUACAGAAAAAUGAAGUGCUUCUGCUUCUGGAAAAGAUUAAUCACAAUGAAUUUGAGUGCCAAAUGGGAGAAACCAUAGGGAGAGUUCACAAGUCUCGAAUGAAAAUCAUAACCCCUUUAGAUACUGACUUGUCUUACCUUCAGGAUGCAGGUGCAUCUGGUGGAGCCAGUGAUGGGCUAAAGGUGAAGGCUUUAUAUAACUUUGUUCCAGAAGGUCCAGCGGAGCUAAGUCUCAGAGAAGGAGAUGUUGUGACUGAGGUGGAGCAGGUGGACACCCAAUGGUAUAGAGGCACCUAUAAUGGAUCGACAGGUUUCUUUCCCAUAAGUUAUGUUGAAGUACUGUCACAUUCACCAAAACCAUUACCCACGAAGAAGGCAAAGACACAACCUUCCUCUGUCAGUGGUCCGAGAUGUGUGGCCAGGUUCGAGUUUGAAGGGGAGAACAGUGAUGAGUUGUCUUUCUCAGAGGGGGAUGUGAUCCAGCUGAAGGAGUAUGUAGUAGAUGACUGGGCUCGGGGGCAGAUUGGGAUGUCUGUUGGCAUCUUCCCCUUGAACUUUGUGGAGAUCAUUGAGGAUCUGCCUCCGUCCCCUAAUCAGCAGUCGGCUGCUAGGAUAGCACUACCAGGCCUUGCGGCUCCAUCUUCCUUUCUGCAACCAGCAGCUGCCAAACCCCCUAAGGCAGCCAGGUCCAGUGUGGUAUGGGCUGUGGCUCUGUAUGAUUUCGCAGCUAAAUCAAAAGAUGAGCUUUCGUUUCAAAAGGAUGACUGCAUCCUGAUCACCGAGCACUUAAAUGAGGAGUGGAGCUGUGGCAGGCUCAAUGGGAGAGAGGGCAUGUUCCCCAGGGCUUUCAUUGAGAUCUCAUCAGAAGAGCAGCAAGGUAACAACCAACAGAAUGGAGCUGAUGGCUGCAUGAGAGGAAAGGCUCUUUAUAGCUUCACAUCAGACUGUGAGGAGGAGCUCUCACUCCAGGUCGGGGACAUCAUUACCAACCUGGAGUCAGUUGAUAAUGAAUGGUUUCUCGGAGACUUGAGGGGAAAACGGGCCCUCGUCCCUAAAAACUAUGUGAAAGUCCUUGAUUAAUGUCACAGGCUGCAGUGCUGCUGCACAGAAAAGAGCUGCAAUAAAGCUGUUGAACAUUUAAUCAGUCAUGUUUGGAAAGCAUUAAAACUGAAACAGUAUUUAAAGUUGUGCCACGUUUCUUAAAGAUCCUUUAAAAUGUUUAUUAAACUAUUUUACUUAAGAAUUAAA